AUGAAGGGCGGUCCACCAUUGAAAAGGUCUAAAAUCAGCCGUGAUAAUGAAGUACCCAUGAGGGUGCAGGACACAAGUGUGCAAGAAGAAGGCAGUGCAUCUAUGCACACAUCCUCACCUCCUCUCUGCCCCAACGGUGAUAGGCGCGUUUGCCUCAAUGUUGGUGGGAAGUGCAUCACCACAUUGGCAAGUACUCUGUGCUCGGUGCCCUCCCUACUUUCUGAGUGGCUUAACAAUGGUUUUGCGGGUCUGCCACGUGACCGCAGGGGUAAUCCAUUUAUUGACCGUGAUCCAGAGAACUUCAGGCUUAUUGUUAAUUACCUGCGCGGGUAUGAGUUGCCGCUUGACACCGAGAAGAUUGUCUUUUUGGCAGAGGACGCUGAGUACUACCGCAUCGAGGCGCUACGUGCUCUUAUUGACCCACCAGCAGAGUGGCACUUCGAGAGUGGCCCAGGAGUGUCGCCAGACAAAACACACUUCAGCACUGACAGCAUCCUCGGCACAUGCGGCAAUGACCCUCUGCCGUCCAACGGGAAAUCUGUCCUUACGCUGCACAUAGACAAGUGUGAGUUGGUGACAGUGGGCCUGAUCGAUGCGGAAUAUGUGUGUGAAAACAAAGAGCUACAGUACCAGCGGAGUUCCAUCGCCUACCGUAACACUGGGGAGCUGGUGUGCUCCUUUAAUGAUGAGCGGACAUACACCAUGGGGGUUGGCUUUAAGAGCCAAGACCUCGUCAUGGUGCAGGUAGUGCUCACGCCGAACGCAGCAGCAAAGAUUGAUUUCUAUUGUGGCUCUGUAAAGACACACGAGACGGAGUGGCCUGCACCAACGCCGCCGCUGCGCUUUGCAGUGAGUCUGCGUGGGACUUCAGCUGUCACAAUUGAGAAGGACUCUACCACUGAUGUCCGUGGUAGAGAGGGGGUUUCUCUUGGGGCGCCUCUACAAGUGUAG